AAUAUGGCUUCCCUUCCAAAGGAUACGCUGCACUUCCCAGCUGAGCAUCGACCAUUUCUUGAGCCUCGCCUACCCCCCAAAGAUCUCCCACAUGUUCAAAAUUCCUCCUUCCCCUUCACAACUGUAACCUUCGCAACCUCCCUCGAUUCACAGCUGGCUCUGUCACCCGGAGCUCCCACUCAACUAUCUGGCCCUCAAUCAAAGGCUAUGACGCACUAUUUACGCUCUCGAUAUGAUGCUAUUCUCAUCGGUGUUGGGACCGCCGCCGCCGAUAACCCAAGUCUGAAUUGUCGAAUCGAGGGAGUGGGCGGAUAUGGUGGGCAAGGACUUGAAGGCCAGCCUCGUCCAAUUAUCAUCGAUCCUGCCGCACGCUGGGACUUUACUGCGGACCAGAAGAUCUUCCAGCUGGCAAGAAAUGGACAGGGAAGAGCGCCGUAUAUCAUCAUAGGACUGGCAAACCCACCAGCGGAUAAGAAAGCUAUUUUGGACGACGCCGGAGGCAAGUUCAUUACGGUUGAAAUGGCGACCACAGGCGUCAGUGACCACAAAGUUGAUUGGAAGGUUGUGCUGAAGGCUCUUAGUGUGGAGGGUUUGAGAAGUGUCAUGGUUGAAGGUGGUGGGACUGUCAUCAAUUCAUUGCUCCAACCCGAGAAUUUUUCUGUCAUCAACUCCGUUAUUGUCACUAUUGCUCCAACAUGGCUAGGGACAGGAGGAGUGGUUGUUUCUCCACCUAGACGCCUUAAUGACGAAGGAAAGCCGAUGGCUGCUGUUCGACUCGAUCAUGUUGAGUGGCACCCGUUCGGAGAGGAUGUCGUUUUAUGCGGAAAAUUGAAGAUCUGA